AUGAGGCUAUCCCUAUUCAGGAGCAAGACGAAACCCGGUGGUCUAGAACACGAUCUGUACCCUACAGAAGGUGCAAUUGGAAUGAAGGUGCUAUCUGAUCCUUCAAAUGCCGACUUGGACAUUAUUUUCGUUCAUGGAUUGACCGGCAACCGCGAAAAAACAUGGACCCACGAAAACGGAACCCUAUGGCCCCGAGAUCUUCUUUCCAAGGAUUUGUCCACGGCACGGAUCAUGACAUUCGGCUAUGAUGUCGACAUAUUCAGUUUCACCUCGAUUACCUUCUCGGAUCGACUCUACGACCACAGCCAAUCCCUAGCUUAUGCAAUAGUCAGCCAACGAAUCGACUGCUCAAGCAGACCCAUCCUAUUCAUCGCGCACAGUCUAGGCGGUCUGGUAUGCCAGCAAGCCUUGGUCCUCAGUAACUCCAUAGACGGACUAUGGGCUAUAUCAUCAAGUGCAAUCGGCAUAAUCUUCAUGGGCACACCGCAAUAUGGAUCUUCGCUCGCUUUCUACCGCGAGAAACUCGCGAAAGGAAUGAAUAUAGUCUACACUGCAAACAGGGAUAUGGUUGGAGCCCUCCAUCCAGACUCGAACAAUGUACAACUAGCUGGAAAUGAGUUCCAGGCUAUGCUCCGUCGGGGAGACCUCGCCCUUAAGGUCUUCUGUUUCUUCGAAGCGAAGGAUAUGAAUGGUAUAGUGGGCAAGAUCGUUGAAGAGCACUCGGCUGUUCUGCGAGGCUAUGAGAAUGGCAGUAUCGAUGCUGAUCAUUACAACAUAACCAAGUUCGGUAGUCACGGAGAUGCUGGCUAUGGGCUUGUUCGGUCGAUCAUUACCGGAUGGCUUCAUGAGUCUCGUGGUGGUGAUGCUGCUGCAGACAAGGCUGCCAUGGCCGCUUCUGUUUCUGGGAAUCCUGCUUGGUUGGGAUCGUGGACUCCAGGGAACUUUUACUUUAAUGGGACUGCAAAUUCGCAAAUUUUUGCUCAGGGAUAUUAUACGCAUGGUGAGACCUUUGCCUUUGACUGA